AUGUCUUUCACAACAGAUCAGGCUCGGUGGCGAGCCCUCACAAUCCGCGAUGCAGCCGCCAACGGGGCAUUCGUCUACAGCGUGAAAUCAACUGGUAUUUAUUGCAGGCCAACCUGUCCCGCCCGUCUGGCACGCCGUGCAAACGUUAGCUUCUACAAAACUCCAGGAGAAGCUGAAGCAGCAGGAUUCCGGAGCUGCAAGCGAUGCAAACCAGAGAGUGUCACGAUCGACGAUCCACAGGAACGCGCUGCUUCCAAAGCAUGCUCGCUCAUUGAUGAAGCCUUGAAAGAACCGAAGCCGAAAUCUUUCAGGUUGCAAGAUCUUGCGAAGAGAGUGGGCCUGACUCCGCGAUAUUUCCACAAGGUCUUCAAAGAUAAAACUGGAAUGACUCCAAAGGAGUAU